AUGGAGUCUGUAAGAAGGUAUUUUGAUGGUUUGAAAUUCAAAGGGGCUUGGAAAGUUGGCUUUCUUGAUGGCAGACACAUACUUAUUAAUCUCUCAAGAGAUGAAUACUAUGCUAGAAUUUUCUCCAAACAAUCCAUAUUGAUUGAAGGUAUUCCAAUGAAGCUUUUAAAGUGGACUCCUGAUUUUGAUCCCAACAAAGAACUUCCCAUUGUCCCCAUAUGGUUUAAGUUACCAGGGAUUAAACUACACUUUUUCAACCACAAAGUUCUUUUCAAUAUUGGCAAAGCAUUGGGAAGACCGUUGAAAUUGGAUGGCCCUACUUUCAACUUGUCUAGACCUUCUGUAGCUAGAAUCCUGGUGGAAAGAAACAUUACCCUCCCAGCUGUGGAGGAAAUAUGGUUAGGCACUGAGCAUAAUGGCUAUUGGCAGAAAAUCAUAGCUGAACAAAGGCCUUACUAUUGCCAUCAUUGCAAUAUGUUUGGCCACACUGAUGAGAAGUGUUUCAGGCUCCACCCUGCACUCAAAAUGAAGACCCCCAAGCAACUUUUAGAGGAGAUUGCCCCUCAGAACAAGGAGGUACCUACUGCUAAUACUUGUGUUGUUAAAAUGCCUGAAAUGCCUGGGACUUUUGCACAAGAGCUGCCUAAAGUUUUGGUACAAGAGAGUGUGGUUCCCAAUCCCUAA